AUGUCUCCAAUACCUGUCGACAUGACUAUUUCAGACUCGGAAAUUGAUGCUGAGGAUGGCUUGAUACUACAGGAAUUAACUUCUGGGAUUUCGACAGCUCCAACAUCUGCCAUGGAAUCUCCAGUCAAUGAAGAGCAGAAAGAGUUUGAUAGUCUUUCCACAGACACCAAGCUUGCAAAAUUGGAUAACUUGGUACAGAAGUCUCAAGUUUACUCCAAAAUCAUUGCAGAAAACUUAAUGGCAAAUGUACAACAAAAGAAAGAAGACAAGAAGAAUACUUUAAGCUCCCGUAGUAAUCGAAGUAGAUUGGCUAAGGAUGAUGUAGAUAAUCGCCAACCAAAAUUAUUGUCUGGCGCAGAAAUGAGAGACUAUCAACUAGAUGGCUUAGAUUUUUUAGUUUCACUAUAUGAGAAUGGAUUGAAUGGUAUACUAGCAGAUGAAAUGGGGCUAGGUAAGACAAUCCAGUGUAUUUCAUUUAUUACAUUCUUAAUUGAACAAGGGAUCAAAGGCCCGUUUUUAAUUGUGGUUCCACUUUCGACUGUCGGGAAUUGGAAGAAUGAAUUUAAGAGAUUUGCACCCAAAGUUAAAGUCUUACUGUAUAUUGGACCUAAGGAUGCUAGAGAAGAAAUAAGGACAGGUUCAAAUGUCACAAGUCCAAAAAAUGGAAAUAGAAAGGGUAGAUCUAGAAAGGUCGUAGGAAACUCCGCAUUUGAAAGUGGUGACAUAAAUGUAGUAUUGACUUCGUAUGAAGUUAGUAUCAAAGACCACACCUUCUUACGAGGUGUAGAUUGGAAAUUUUUGAUUGUAGAUGAAGGUCAUAGACUCAAGAACAGCAAGUGUUUAUUAAUUCAAAAGUUAAAGGAACUAAAUGUUCAAAACAGAUUGCUUAUUACAGGAACGCCACUCCAAAACAAUUUAAAUGAACUUUGGUCAUUACUUAAUUUUAUAUUACCAGAUAUUUUCCAUGAUUUGGAACUUUUCCAACAAUGGUUCAACUUCGAUGAGUUGACUAAGUUGAAGUCUGAUCGUAGUCGUAAUUCCAAUGAAAGCAAAGUUGAAGAAUUUGAGAAUAAAUUGAUUGAACUAAAUAUUCAGAAAAGUUUAAUUGAAAACUUGCAUACUAUUUUGAAGCCCUUUAUCUUAAGAAGGUUGAAGAAGGAUGUUAUAAAGGGUUUGCCUCCAAAGAGAGAAUACAUUGUUUAUGUGAAGUUGACAGAGAAGCAAAAGAGGUUGUAUAAGGAAUGCUUAGACGGAAAACUAUUUGAGGCAUUGACAAGAGAAUAUUUUGGUGAUUAUUUGAAUAAGAACUUUGUCAAAGAUGUAACUAUGCCUCAAAAGAAGCCUGUGUCUGCUUUAGAAUUGCUAAUGACUGGUUCUAAAAAUGUUUCAAAGAGUACAAUCUCGAAGAGGAGAAGUUCGUCAAGAACACUGAAAACGAGUGAUAAAGACGUAGAAGUUACUACAUCAAGUAUUCAGUUUUCUUCUGAAGACAUUUCAAUAUUCUUAGAGCAAAAGUUCACGCCAAAGCAACUUUCUACCAAACGUAGAAAAUUGUCUAAAAGACGUACUCUUGAAGAGGAGGAUAGUGAUCAAGAAUUUGAAAUACUUGAGGAGGAAGAAGUCACAGAAGUUCCAUUCUCUGUGGAAGAAUUGGAACGCAAGUUACUCGACGAGAGGUAUCUUAAAUCACUUCCAUUAUCUGAACGCAAACUCUAUAUUCUUAAUACACUUUUCCAAAAAGUGACCAAAGAUUUAAGAAAUAGAAGCUUGCAAAAUUUGUUGAUGCAGUUGAGAAAUAUUUGCAAUUCCCCAUAUAUUUUCUAUGAACCUUUCCCUACAAUAGAUGGUCAGGCAGAAUUACAUGAAUCCUCUUUUAUGGAACUCUUGUUGCACAAUUCAUCUAAAAUGCAAGUUUUGUCACAGUUAAUAUCAUCGCUUCUUCCAUUGGGCCACAAGGUGUUAAUAUUCUCACAAUUCACGAAAAUGCUUGACCUAAUCACAGAUUAUUUUGCUCAUCAGGGAACUAAGGUAUGUAGGUUAGAUGGAUCCACGUCUCAAGCAGAUCGUCAAGAAACUAUCGAUGACUUCAAUACACCAGAGGGACCUCCUAUUUUCCUUUUAUCUACCCGAGCAGGUGGUUUGGGAAUUAACUUGACAGCAGCAGAUACUGUUAUAUUAUUCGACAGCGAUUGGAACCCGCAGAUAGAUCUCCAGGCCAUUGAUAGAGCACAUAGAAUCGGUCAGACUAGGCCAGUCAAGAUUUAUAGAUUUGUGAUGAGAGACUCAAUUGAAGAAGUUUUACUUCUUAAAAGUUAUUCCAAGAUCUUCUUGAACAAAUUAAUUAUCCAAAUGAAUGAGCACAAGACCAGAUCUAUGGAAAAACUUUUGGAGGAGAAUGUUGGCAAUCCAGGUGCUUUGAAAGAAUCGGAUGAAUUAGUUAAUAAUUUGAAGAGUUUGAUCGAUUUGCCCAAAUCUUUCAGUCAUAACUUUGUUAAAAUUAAUUCAGAUGACGAAGAUGUUGCUAAGUUGAAUAAAUUAUCUGAAGAAGAACUCUCUGAAUUAUUAGAUCGCAGGGAAGAGUGCUAUGAAGGAAAACAAAAUAAUGCUGAAUUUAGAAACAUAGCAGUUUUCGAAACCGUUAACAACAUGGAAACAUAG